ACAACCCCAAGGAAAAAUAAAAACAUUCCCCCAACUGGACGUCAAAAUUAAACAGCAUCAGCUGGUACAGGACCACGGGCCCAAGGAUACAACCGCAAGGAUGAACGGUCUACCACCGAGUAAGCACUACAAUCUGACGCACUACCAGCAGCGCUAUAACUGGGACUGCGGCUUAUCCUGUAUCAUUAUGGUCCUGGGAACACAGCAGCGUGAGGAGUUCCUCAACAAUUUCGAGACUGUGUGUAAUGACGAGGGCUUCGGAUCAAGCACCUGGACAAUUGACCUAUGCUACCUGCUGCUACGCUACCAGGUGCGCCACGAAUACUUCACCCAAACACUGGGCAUCGAUCCGAACUACGCCCAGCACACCUACUACUCCAAGAUCAUUGACAAGGACGAGCGUCGCGUCACGCGCAAGUUCAAGGACGCCCGGGCGCAUGGCCUUCGGGUAGAACAGCGCACAGUCGGCAUGGAGGUCAUCCUGCGUCAUUUGGCUCGUCACGGUCCGGUUAUCCUCCUGACCAAUGCCUCCUUGCUGACAUGUGAAGUAUGCAAGCGUAAUGUCCUGGAAAAGUUCGGCUGUUUUCAUAUAAAUUGUAUUGCCCGAAACACACGCUUGCCGGAUCCAAAUAAAAGCUAUGCUGGUCACUAUGUGGUCUUGUGUGGCUACGACAUGGCCGCCCAGAAGCUCUUCUACCACAACCCCGAGGUCCAUGACGGCCACAUCUGUCGCUGUCUGGUGGAAUCUAUGGACACGGCCAGGCGUGCUUACGGCACCGACGAGGACAUCAUCUUCAUCUAUGAGAAAAAGGCGCCCACAACCGAUUAAACUGAAGAAGCAAUUAUAACAGGAGCUGGUCUAGCCAGGGCUCCCAGCAAUAUAUAUAGUACCUGCCGUCGCCAGGUUGCCAGAGAAGGAUAACCAGAGGAAUGGAAUCUGCGCUUUGUGAUAUUAGUUUGUUAGAUGGUGUUAGAGAGGCGGGUGUCGAUGGAAUGGGAAUGCGGUUGAGAACUGCUUGCUGCUUGGUUAACUUUGGCACAACAGUGUACUUUAUUAAGGUAUUGCUAGCAGUUGGUCCCCAUUAAAAAAAAACACAAAAACGACAAUUACAAACGACUUAUAUAAAGCAGCCAGGCAGCUUUCCAAAUUGGAGAAGGUCGAUCGAUUUUAUCAUUAGGUUUUACUUUUGUCU